AUGGACACACCAACCUACAGCCUUGCAAAGAAACUAUGGAGAAAGAUCAAGUAUCUCAUCAAUAAAUCGCAACACUCAAUCAAAAACGCACAACAGUUCUUGGAUAAACUAAAGAAUGUGACAAUAGAAGAGGACGAAACAAUGGUCUCAUUUGAUGUCAGCUCACUGUUCACAUCAGUGGACCUUCACUCGGCAAAGACAACAGUCGCUGAACUACUGGACAGUCAUGGACCUCCCAGUGGACCUCUAAGGAAGGAAGACAUAUGUGAAUUGCUCAGCCUCUGUUUGACCACGUACUUCGAAUUCAACGGUGAAUACUACGAACAAUUGAAAGGAGCACCAAUGGGUUCCCCAAUUUCAGGGUUCAUCGCCGAGAUCGCAAUGCAAAAACUGGAGAGGACCGUGUUGCCGGACAUCAACCCGAAGCUUUGGGUACGUUAUGUAGACGACACUUUUGUCAUCAUCAAGAAGAGAGAACUACAACGAGCAAUCCAAUUGAUAAACAGUGUCUCCGAUGACAUCAAGUUCACGAUGGAAGAAGAAAACAACAACAAACUGGCGGUUUUAGAUGUCCUCGUCACAAGGUUGCCGAACGGACAAAUGCAAACGGAAGUCUACAGAAAAGCUACGCACACGGAUCAAAUUCUGAGCUACCACAGCAACCACCCAAACUGCCACAAAGAGAGCUGCAUCCGGACACUAUUCAAGCGAAUUGAAACACACUGCAACACAGUAGAAUCUAAAGUAAAAGAAGAGAAACGCCUAUACAGAAUCUUUCAAAGGAACGGUUACCCAAGGAAUUUCGUCUGGAGAUCUCUGAGAAAAUGCAAUUCAACCAACGCGACAACCAGAAACACAAGCAAAACAAUCACAUUACCAUAUAUCAAAAACAUUUCGGAGAUGACCGCCAGGAUAUUACAACAGCAUGCCAUAAAAGUGGCCCACAGACCGACUGACACGCUGCGAAGAGUACUAUCAAAACCAAAGGGGACACUCAAUGCGAUGGAAAAGACAAAUGUAAUCUACAAAAUUCAAUGCAAAAAUUGUGAAAAACACAUCAAUGCGAUCCUGAGAGAUUCACUCGUAGGCUUUAUUGCCUAUGGAGUCGAAAUGCUUCUAGAGCAUUUCCUUGCAGGCUUAAACACCGACGUUGAACACUAUUGUCCUACUGCUGAUGAUGAUGAUGAUGAUGAUGAUGAUGAUGAUGAUGAUGAUGAGGAUGAUGAUGAUGAUGAUGAUGAUGAUGAUGAUGAUGAUGAUGAUGAGAAUGAGGAUGAUGACGGUGAUGACGGCAACGAUAAUGUCUGUGACGUUUAUAAUAGCUCAAAUCCUGAAGGUGUCAAUCUUGGAUACCAGACUUUGGCGCUUGCAUUGAAGGCGACCAGUUUCCCCUAUAAAUCGGAUCCAUUAGCCCGGCUUGAGUACCGCGCCAAUCGUGAUAUGUAG